UGACAAGGCAUCGCAUCGCACUAGUAACUCGUCACUCGGUCAGCCAUAGCUGCUACAAUGGCUCCACUGGAAGUCUGUGCUCAACAGGAUUCGUAGCACAAUCUGGCUUUCUGCGAGGGAGGUGGACCAUGACUUGGACCGGUUCGUUUCGUCCAACAGGAGCUUGGACUCGUUUUGCCUUUGACGGAGCGGAGUGAGGAAUUGUAGUUCCCCGGAUGCGCGUGAGGUCGAACUUUGUAAUUUCUAAUGAUCGAGAGCAGUUUUCGUGGUAAUUUGGAGCAACUCUCUCUCUCUCGUGUCGGCUUGAGGAUGUCGAGGACAGCGUUUGUUCUUCAUUGAUCUGAGACAUUAUCUCUGUGAACGAACUUUGUCUACCAGGUGUUUCGACGUUUGAGGAAUCGUCUGCUGCCUUCGGGCUCACUCAUCGUCUCCAUACCUUCGAAGUGCACUCGCAGUUGCAGGAGUUAGUGAGGUUCUUUCGAGUAGUUUCACUGCGCACACGUGCUGAACCACUGCUUAAUUGUUGUAAUCUCUGUUGUAGUUUGAACGGCCCUGCGGUAUAGGGUAGGAAUGAAACACAUCAGUUGUUGGCGUAGUACGAGUUGAGAUUCUGACGAGCUUCGUUCUGUCUGCGGAGGAAAGUGAGGGAUCGCUGUUAUCGAAGAAUUUGCGGAUUUGAGCGUCCGUUCGUGUUUGAAUCCAUUUGACGAGUAGUUGUGCCUAAAUUUAUUCCAUAUCGCGUUCUUAAAGGCGUUCUUUUGAAUUGUAAGAGGUUUUAAUUAUUGCUUCAGGGAGUGAGAGUAUGCGUGGUGUUCCCAGUGUUUAAGUCGAGCAUUUUUCUUUGUGGAGGAAGAAUUAAUGCGGGUUUUAGUCCGCUCCUAGUGCCAUCUUCCGCUUUGAACUGUGUCGUCGUGAAUUUUAAUCAAUGAGUUACUGAGUGAUUAUGCUUCGGUGAGCACAACUGGGAACACGAUCGGUUACAGCUGGGGCAUACAACUCAGUUCUUAAGUCGAAGAAAUUAUAAAGAAGCUGACGGUGUUGACUAAGUAUCAGAUACUUUGUCAAAUCAGAAUCUGGCGGGAAGAGUCGAGUCUAACUCUUGACGCAAGCCAAGAGUUGCAGAAGUUCAACGGGGUGGGUUAAAAGAUUUCUUGGAACAAUCGGUGGUUGUCGCAUUUGGAGCAAAAUCGUGAGAAUUGUAUUCACAAAGUGUUCUGUAAGCUUCUUUAUUUCUUUGAGAUGUUGGACUGAAGAGUUCCUUGCGAUGUUGUUGUAGUCUUGAUUCGAAGAGGGAGCGAAGCCCCCAGAAGCUUUCAUUUCUACUAAUGCACGCAAUUGUUGUCACUCUUGACUUGUGAAUUUCUCUAUGUUUUUUCUUCAUUUCUGUAGGUAGAAGUGGCGACAGGAGUAGUGACAUGGUAGAGCUGCAGACUCCCAAGGGAAUAAUCAAUUCAGCGACCAAGGAACUGCUAUUGAGCACAUGCUGUCAGCGUUUUUCCUCAGAUGCAUAGACUGUAGAAGAGACAUCGAAGAAAUUGGUGCACGGAGGUGUAGCAUUCUCGUAACAGGUAGGUUUGCAUCGGGGAUAUAAACGACAAAUUAAGUGCAUCACAGCGAGGACAUUUUAAGUGCUCGUGAGUAACACCAUUUGAGCUUGAAUGGCUAUCAACUCAACACUCCACGUUGACGACUGUGAUGCACUUCAACAAUCAAGGAGGCCUAAACCCAUUGCAAAGCAAACCAAUGAGAAAAGGUUCUUUGGGGGCAGAACUAAAGCGAGACUUGUAGAAAUUUCAGACUUAUUGGGUGGAGAGUACGUAAGGUUUGGGUUCGACGAUGGGAAGUUGCUGCAGGAGAAACUACAGAACAAGGAACUUGAAGUUGACACUCUCUUAACUAAAUUGGCGACCAUGAAUUUGAGAGAGGAGAUCAUGAAAGAACGAGUUAAAGAGGUGGAGCAUCGUUUGCAAGAUUUAUCUGAUAAAAUGAAAGAUGCAGAGGCGCUUGUCAUUGAGCUGCAGAAGAACGGUGUCGAGAGCCCCCGAGCUUCACGAAGACCAUCGCACACAAACAAUUUUCAAGUUGUAUGUCACAAAGAUGACAAGCAUGAUCUUCAGGAGUUGGUAGAGAAAUUGCAACUACUGUGUGAAAGCCACGAAAAAAACACUUGUUCUGACAAUUUGGGCGAACAUCAAGAGCCUGAAAACGGAAAAUUUGAGGAUUCGCGUAAUGAAACUAAGCUUCUGUGCUGGCGCAAUGACCAAUGUGUUGAGUGUAUCGACAGCGUGGAGCAGGUUCAAGAACUUCAAGAGGAGGUGAAAAUGUUAUCUGCCAAAUUGAAAUUCUCUAUCACUCAAAGACAAGCCAUGAAAGAGGUCCUAACGGUGUCAACGGCGAAGCUGGCAGAGGUGAUGACUUGUAACGAAACAUUGAAGAAGGAGCUUUUCAUUGAGCGCCAGCUUUUGCAAGCGCGAGAGAAUGAUGUUCAGAACUUGGAGACGCGUGUGGAGGCUCUAAGUACAAGCAACCAGAUGCUGAAGUCUAUGUUAAAUCUGAAGAAAAUGGCAGUGGAAUCAAGGAAAUCUCUAAACUUCACAAUGCUUGAGCCCAAGUUACUGGAUUUGGCUGCAAUAGUUAGCGCACAAAAUGCGUGUGUUGUUCGGCUCUCCACCCAGAACGAAAACCUUGCACUAUCCCUACAAUCCAAGAUUCAGGAAAGUGAGCACCAACAUGCUCAAGUUACAACAGCAAUUAAACAGAAGGACGCGGCCAUUGCUGCUCUGGAUCAGUUCAAGCAACAAAUGGUGGAGUGGGCGACUGAAAUGGACGAACGAAAUCGGAAUUAUGACAUGCUUCAAGAAUACAUUCUGAACCUAGAAGGUGACUUGCGACACUGUCAAUCGCAGUACAGUGCUUUGCUUCAGAACUACGAAGAGUUAAGGAAGGAACAUGGUCAGUUAUUAGCUUGGCAAGCGCGUGCACGAACACGGAUAGCCGACACGGAGAACGUCCUCAACGAACGCGAGAAAGAGGUUGAAAGCAUCAGCCGCGAGGCACUACAUUUGAGCUUGGAGGUUGAGCUUUUGCGACGAAAGCUACAACAACUUGAUGAAGAUGUCAUGUUCAAAGAAGGCCAAAUCUCCAUUCUGCAAGGUAGAUGGGAAGAUGAGUAAAUGUCUCAAAUGCUCGAGCACGAAGCAGGAUUAAAUUGGAUUCCCGAGGUAGUUCUACCGACACAAUUUUUUUGAAUUAUUUGCGGAUCCCUAAUCCCAACGGAGGUCCUUUUAAGUUUGUGAACACCUCACAUCCCAAUGAACAAGUUUGGUGACCAGAUUCAGCUACCACAACUGCUCUGCUGAGUAGCAGUGCUUUUGGGAUUCGGAAACUUCUCUGGGGUUCUUGUUUCUAUUCUCACGAACAAAUGUAGAACAUCGAUCUACAGAUGAAGAAUCUUGAGAUGACCGAUAACUCGAGGUCCUAAUUUGAUUCCAAUUUCAGGAGUUUGAUGACUAGAAUUAUUUGGAGGUUGAUAUCAACGAAGGAGUUUGGUUUUGAGAACACGAGACAUUUACAUGUUCCGCGAGUUCUGUUGACGGCCGUUGGCUGGAGCAUGGAGUAUAGGAGGGACCUCUCAUUUGAAGAGACUUAUCAUGACCGGAGACGCACAUCAGGAAAUUCCAUUCAGAAGAAAUUAUGGACUCUGCACACUUUGACCCACCCGGUACAGACUGAUUUGGAGAGGGCUUCUUUUUCCAAGAUUAUCAAGGCGAUGUCUUUGGACUAACGGCAGACGGCACACUACGGGCUUGCGGCAGGAGGGAGCAUUUUUUUCGGAGCUCUGAUUUGUAUGAUAGAAGAUUAUUUGUGGGACAAGUUCAUUUACUGAGUAUGAAGAGAUAUUGCGGCGACUUAGUCACCAAAUUGUAUGUUACAUGUUCCAUUUUGUACUUAAGUAGCAGAAUAGGUAAGGUUGCCAAAAGACUGUAGCCGACACAUGGUGACCCUCAACAUAGAACAGAACAAAAGGUCUGGUGGUGUCUGUCGAGUACACCCUAUUGGAAGAGUGUUUCUUCGUCGAUGAGAGUAUAUACUGUCAAGCAGGUUUUGUAAAAAAUCAGUAGUCGGUAGAUAAAAACCUUUUUCAGAGGACAGUUACGCCUUCGAGUUUUUCAGCUCGAGGGUAGACGGUCUGUUACGCAUUGCGACAUCUUUCUUUUAGAAUGGCGGCUGUCACAUUUCAAUGCUUUAUCAGUAAUAAUGAUAUUUGACCCUGCAUAUUGCAACUGCUGUUUAAAUUAUAAAUGUACAAUGAUAUGUCAGUAUGUGAACAGCUUACUGAUAAAUCGUACUUCUGAUA